AGCAAAGCCUUGAUGCGGUAUAGUGUUGGUAGCUGCGGGAAAGGGGUUUCUGGGACGGGGUUGGAUAGGCAAGGAGGAGCAGGUGGGGCAGCGCGCGUGAUAAUGACGCCGUGAUUAUACGCGUGGGGAUAGUGACCUGUGUGCUGAUGUGUGGGGAUUCUUUCUCUUGCAGUCGGCGAGAGCUGAAUGCAGGUUCGCAACAGCACUGCUAAGGCAGGAUAGUAAGUGUUUGAAUGCUACGGGUUGUUUGGAUGCUGCUUGCUUUUUUGUUGGGUGGGCGGGGCUUCUUGCUCGGUCGCUCCGAAACCUCAACGAUAGGACGUUUCGUGCCUUGUCGUGUUAUAGUUAGUAUGUAUUGGUGGUCAUGUGAUGACCGCAAAGCCUAGGCAGUGACGUCGCGACUAGUCGCAACUUAGCAUCAUGGUGCGCGGCGGCGGGAAGGAACCGCCAUACCAGCGCUGGCUGAAUAAUUACGAAAUAGCUAGCUCUUGGAUUGCGAAGCACGACGUCGAACGUGCGGUGGAGGCUAAUGGUGGUCUGGUCCGCAUUAAAAACUUCCUGCCUGAGCAUGUUGCGGAAGGAAUCCUCAAAACCCUUGAGGGUGUGCCGGACGAGAACUGGAACGACACAUCUGCGACAACCGAUUACCGUCAGAACAACAUCAGCCACAGCUUCUCCAGCGUAAAGCACGCCAAGGGGCUGCAAUCCAUCGUGCGCUUCUUCUCCUUAGUCCGCCCCGGGGCCCUCCACGCUUUCUCAGCGGCCAAGUACGUCAAGUCUGACCACAUCGCACCCCACGAUGACCGAGCUUACACACAGGUCCAGCUGGACACCGGCCGCAUCAUCACCACCUCCCGCUCCCUGGCCGUCAUCUACUACCUGACCCGCGACUGGCGCGAGGAGUACGGCGGAGUGCUGGUGGACCUGGAGGCCCCCGCCGCGCCGCCCAGGGUGGGCGCGCGCUACGUGCCGAUGUGGAACAGCGUGGUGGCGUUCCGGGUGCCUCGCUACCAUGCGGUCACGGAGAUGACCACCGAGCGGCCCAGAUACUCGAUCUUCGGCUGGUUCCUGGAGCCCGGCAAGCUCUACCCGCUGUACCGCGGAGACGAGGACUCGCAGGGAGGGGGGCAGCAGCAGCAGCAGCUGAAAGAGCAGCAACAGCUGAGAGAGCAGCAACAGCAGCGCAAGCGCAAGGCCCUUCCACAGCCCCAGGAGCCCCAGUCGGCAGCCCCCACAGCCCCAUCCGACUCGCAGGGCGGGCCUCAGCCCCCGGCUGCAGCGCAACAAAGGGAGCACCCGCGGCAGCAGCGGCAGCCGGGGGGUGCAGCGAGCGGAGGGGGGCGGCAGGCACCUUCUGCGGUGGGGGCGGAG